AUGGCCACUGAGGAACCCACGGUCUGGACACAAUGGCACUGGCUGGACAUAAUGGGGGGCAGGAAGAAAGCAAAGCGCCAGUUUACCCAGGGCUUCUGCUGUCACUCAGGGAAGGGGGCGGAGUCUAGACCCCUAUCCAAUCAGGGGCGCUGGGGCGGGGCCCUGCCACUGUCCUCCAGGGAAGGGGAGAUUGCAUUCCCGCUCUCUUCACUCCGAGAGCUGUUCGCGCCUGUUAAGGUAUGGGUCUUUCCUUCUCUGAGAGGGACCAGUUACUUCCGCCGUAGCUGCUGCUGCUCUGUCGACUGCAAGGUGAGCUGCACUAUUCGCGGGACCUUUAGAGAGGACGCCGGGAUACCUCGAAGCUCGGAAAUGGUGAGCACGCUGGGCUGGGGGGUCCCAAGCCGAAAGGAGGGGCUGGGUGGAACCGAGAGGAACCCGCUGUGGCGGGGCCCAGGCCUCCCUGCAGCGACGCUGGGGUCCGGACACAGUCCCCCUGGCGCAGCUCGGUCCUCCGUCUCCUCGGCCGCUGGGUGGGGCUGGGCCGGCAGCCGGGACCCCGGGCGUCCUGUCAGGUCCCUGCGCGGCAACUGCGGUCCCAGCCCCGGCCCCGGCUCCCUCUCUGAGCAGCUCCGCGCCCGCAGCCCCGCGUCUCCGGUGGUUCAGGGACCACGGAAGGGUCAUGGGGGGAUCCCGCCUCGGCAUCCUGAGAACUUCCUAGGAACAGGGUGUAGGAACCCAGUGCUGUCAGCCUCACUCAUCCUCCUGUCUACAUGUGGGAUAUUUCAGGAUUCGGUGGCCUUUGAGGAUGUGGCUGUGAACUUCACCCAGGAAGAGUGGGCUUUGCUGGAUCCUUCCCAGAAAAAUCUCUACAGGGAAGUGAUGCAGGAAACCUUGAGGAACCUGGCCUCCAUAGGAAAAAAGUGGAACAACCAGUACAUUGAAGAUGAGCACCAAAAUCCUAGGAGAAACCUAAGAAGAAUUAUAAAAGAGAGACUCUCUGAAAGGAAAGAAAGUCAUCAGCAUGGAGAAGUUUUGACACAGGUUCCAGAUGACACAUUGAAGAAGAAAAUUCCUGGAGUAAAAUCACAUGAAAGCAGUGUGUGUGGAGAAAUCGGCAUGGGUCUUUCAUCUCUUAAUAGGCACCUGAAAGCCUUUAGUUAUUCCAGUAGCCUUUCAAUACAUGGAAGAACUCACACUGGGGAAAAGCGUUAUGAAUGUAAGGAAUGUGGGAAAGCAUUCAGGUUUCCCAGUUCUGUUCGUAGACAUGAAAGAAUCCACUCUGCAAAAAAACCCUAUGAAUGUAAGCAAUGUGGGAAAGCAUUAUCUUAUCUUAUAAGCUUUCAAACACACAUGAGAAUGCACACUGGAGAGAGACCUCAUAACUGUAACAUAUGUGGGAAAGCCUUUUUUUCUCCCAGUUCGUUAAAAAGACACGAGAAAAGUCACACUGGAGAGAAACGCUAUAAAUGCACACAAUGUGGUAAAGCUUUCAAUUGUCCCAGUUCCUUUCAAUAUCAUGAAAGGACUCACAGUGGAGAGAAACCCUAUGAGUGUACACAAUGUAGGAAAGCCUUCAGAUCUGUCAAGUACCUGCGAGUACAUGAAAGAAAACACACUGGAGAGAAACCCUAUGAGUGUAAGCUGUGUGGUAAGGGCUUUAUUUCUUCCACUUCCUUUCGCUAUCAUGAAAAGACUCACACUGGAGAGAAACCUUAUGAAUGUAAGAAAUGUGAGAAAGCCUUCAGUUUUGUCAAGGAUCUUCGAAUCCAUGAAAGGACACACACUGGAGAGAAACCCUUUGAAUGUAAACGAUGUGGGAAAACCUUCACUUCUUCUAACUCCUUUCACUAUCAUGAAAGGACUCACACUGGAGAGAAACCCUAUGAGUGUGAGCAAUGUGGGAAAGCUUUCCGAUCUGCCUCAAUCCUUCAAAAGCACAUACGAACUCACACAGGAGAGAAACCCUAUGGAUGUACGCAAUGUGGGAAAGCCUUUAGAGUUGCCUCACAACUUAAAAUGCAUGAAAGGACUCACACAGGAGAGAAACCCUAUGAGUGUAAGCAAUGUGGAAAAGCCUUCAUUUCUUCCAAUUCCAUUCGUUAUCAUAAAAGGACUCACACUGGAGAGAAACCUUAUAAAUGUAAACAAUGUGGAAAAGCCUUCAUUUCUUCCAACUCUUUUCUCUAUCAUGAAAAGAUUCACACUGGAGAGAAACCCUAUGAGUGUAAGCAAUGUGGGAAAGCCUUUAGAUCUGCCUCAGCCCUUCAUAAGCAUGUAAGGACUCACGCUGGCUAGAAACUCUGUGGAUGUAAGCAAUAUGGUAAAGUCCUUAGAUGGGACUCAGAACUUCAAAUGCAUGGAAGGACUCACUGCAGAGACACCUGUAAUCUCAGCAUUUUGGGAAGCCAAGGCAGGAAGAUUGCUUAAGCUGAAGAGGUCAAGACCAGCUUGGGCAACAUGGUGAGA